AUGUGGGUGAUGGCUGGCGACUUUAACGCAGUAAGAGAAGAAGAGGAUAGGAUGAUAUCAAGGUUUGACAACUAUAAUGCAUCAGUCUUCAACAUGUUUAUUGCAGAAACAGGGAUGAUGGAAUACCAAAUGGGGGGAUACAAGUUCACGUACAUGCCGGAUGAUGGAUCCAGUUUGAGCAAAAUCAAUAGGAUUCUGGUAUGUGACGAGUUCAUGAAUAAAUGGCCAUUGGCGAAAGUUAAAGCAUUGUCUAGGUACCUGUCGAACCAUAGUCCACUUACCUUAACAUGCUCCAUAUCGGACUUUGGGCCGAUUCCAUUCAAAUUCUACAAUAGCUGGCUCGAAUUGGAAGGAAUUCAAGGAGUGGUGGAUAGAGCUUUGGAGGGAUAUGGAAAUGAAGAGUGUUCGAUGAAAGAUUUGGCAGGCAUUCUUAAAACACUAAAAGCGGAUAUAAAACAGUGGAGGAAGGAGGCAAAGUUAAAAGAAGAAAAGGAGCUGCAAGAGAUAAAGACAGAGGUGGAAGAUAUCGAAAAGGUAGCGGAAGCUCGUAGACUAACAAUAGCCGAAAAGGAAAAGAGAAUAGAAGGUAAAUGGAAGAUAAAAAAGUAUGAGAAAAGGAGAUUGACAGAUUUGAAACAGAAAGCAAAGAUGAAGUGGGCGAAACUAGGAGACGAAAAUUCAAAGUUCAUCCAUGGAAUAAUAAAUUGCAGGAAAGCGAAAAACCGAAUAAAUGCAUUAUGGAUAAAUGGAAAAAGGGAAACAGAACCAAAGGAGAUAAAGAAGGCAGUAUUGGAAAGUUUCUCGGGGAGGUUUAAAGAGCCAAAUAGUAAAAGACCUUCUUUAGAUGGUAGGGGCUUCAGACAACUCACGACUGACCAGGCGAAAAAGUUGAUCGAAGAUUUUUCGAAAGAAGAGAUAAAGGAAGCUGUUUGGGCUUGUGGUAGUGAUAAAGCCCCAGGGGCCUGA